AGGUUAGAAUCUGAGGUUUAAAUUCCGACAUGUAUAUUACAAAUCUUUUGCCAACUCAUUCAUUAAAAUUGGUUCAGUAGUUUAGGCGCUACGGUGGAACAUACAUCUAUAUAUACAUACAUACAAAGACUGCCAAAAUCAUUAUCCUUCCUUUUGGCUUCGCCGUAGUCAGGUAAAAAGGAUCUUUAUGGGUUCCGUAUUUUUUAUUUUAGGUUCGGAACCCUAAAAUACCGGGUCACGCAAUACUGUACAUAUGUUACUGUUAAAUUGUAAAAGACAAAGAUAGUUUAUAAUCUCACUCGUGAUAUUAUAAUCUACCGCCAUAUUGUAAACUGAAAAUAUUUUUGUAACUCUAUGGUAAAUUUAUCCUGAUUGACAAUUUAACGGUUUCACUUCCGAUAUAUUAUAAUAUACUGAAAAAUAACACGUUAAAUUGUGAUUAGUAUUUUCAGUUCUUAUUAUAACGGCAGAUUAUAAUAUCACGAGUGAGAUUAUAAACUAACGUAUUAUACAAUCUAACGGUGACAUAUAUAUUCGAUAUUUUCGUUAUAAUAUAAAUAAUAAUAACAAAUCAAAACACAAAUGUUGUCAAUUUCUGCCACAUAAAUUAAUGACUGGGAGUAAACGGAGUGUAGGUGCUCAAAUCUCAUUACAUAAUUCAAUGCUAAAGUGCUAUGAGUUGAAAAAUCAAACGAGCUGUGUUAAUUAAUGUUUACAAUUACAGUUUCUUUUAAUAAACAUUGUCGUGAUUUUGGAUUUCUUUCACAUAAAUAAAUAAACAUUUUGUAAAACUAUUAAAUUAUUUAACAAAUUUCGUAAAUUCCAUGUACGUAACGUUGCAUAGCAACUAAUUGGGCCAAACAAAAGCUGGGUAGUUAAUUUAAGAAAUGGAAGUCGAUUCUGAUUAUAAAAUAUUAAACUUAUAUAGAAUAAGAGAAUAUGAUAAAUGUCUUAAAUUAUGUGAUAUGGUACUUCAAAAUAAGAACGAUCGGAUGAUAGAGUACAUACGAAUGCGCGCUAUGACAAUUCAAGCUAAAGUAGCUGGCAAUGGCUACGAAGAAGUCAAUUAUUUUCCAACACAAGACGAUUUAGUAUCAACGACGGUGGCCAAAACGCCUCGACAAGGCACUUCCUUCCAAAGGAAUAUAAAAACUGCACAAUUCACUGAGGGUGCGCAAGUAACUGGAACUUCGGUGUCAAGAUCAGGUACAAAUACAGCCCGCGUUCGCACAGCAAGGACCGCUCUCCACACUGCAGCCAGGGCAUCACGAGCAGCUACAGCAUUAGCUGUAGGCAGUACUUUUGCUUUGGAUGCACCCAUUGCACUCAGGCUCCUGGACAGAGAUGAUAAAUUAUUCAUUCCUGCGUCGAAAACAUUAUUUGAGUACGUUUACUACUGUGAAGGUAACGUGCGUAAGGCUAUGGAGGUCGCUUUCCAAGCUCAAAAAAUAGCAGACACGUCGGACUGGUGGUGGAACUUCUCACUUGCACGUUGCUAUGAGUCUCUGGGCGUGUAUCGCAAUGUAGAAGAAUGCUUACGAAAGUCGCUUAAUCAGAAUAAGCAUAUUUUGAUUUAUUUACGUCUAAUCGCCAUGUAUGUAAGCAUUAACCAACCCCUAUCAGCGUUGGACGUGUGUAAACAAGGUCUGUCAGUAUAUCACGAGUACACACCACUUUUGUUAGAACAAGCAAGAAUUCAUGAGCAAAUGGGAAACAUGGCUGUCGCUGUUAAAUAUUACAGAAUGGUAGCAACUGAAGAUCCAUCAUGUAUGGAAGCGAUCGCAAAUAUAGCAAUGUACAACUUUUAUAAUGAUCAACCAGAAAUCGCUUUAAGAUAUUACAGGAGGCUUUUAGCUACUAGCCCUUCAGGUCCCGAGAUAUAUAAUAAUCUCGGACUAUGUUGUUUCUAUUGCAAUCAAUGGGACCUUACGCUGCCGUGUUUUAGACAAGCGCUCUAUUUUUCAGUGAACCCGGAAACUCGCUCUAACAUCUGGUUUAAUUUGGCUCAUGUUGCAUUGUCGACAGGAGACAUGGCGCUAGCAAGACGCUGCCUCCUAGCAAGCGUGGCGAUCUCUGAAUAUGGGCCUGCACGGAGCGCUCUACGGGUAUUGGAUAUUCGUUUGCGCGCGAGAAAAAAUGAUGUUAAUCAAUAAAAAAAUUUAU